CGCCGAGCCUUCGGAGCUCGCUGGAGCCUAGAAAGUCCCCAGGAGUCCAGCCCCUUCCGCCCCGGGUCACCCAGCAUAGGGCAGCUCUGAGGGCGGGCGCUCUGGACUUUGCCGCCACCGAGCCCUGGAGGUGGGGAGGCAGGGUGAGCAGUUCAGGCUUGCAGCCCGGAUCCCCAGCUCUGGCUUCCAGAAAUGGAAAACGCUGUGGGUCGGGGGCCAGAGCCCUUAAUUCUAGUCUUAGCUGUGCCCGUGACUCCCUGCGUGACUUUGGGUGAAUUCUGCCCCUCUCUGGGCCUCCAGUUACCCAUUUGCAGAGUGAGAAGGUCUUUGGAUGGGUCUGCCUACCUUCCAGAUAGAAUUUAUUUCCUUGACAUACUUCCUCUACGGCUUGUUGCCCAGAUUCACCAGCCAAGUCCGUCCCUCAGCAACACUUUGGCUGCACUCUGAACUUUGGCCCCCCAGGUUUCAGCUGGAAGCCUGGGCUUGUCUGGAAUCGACUCUGGGGAGAGAAGCUGCAUCCAACCUCUGGACAACAGGCUGGGGCAUUUGCUGUGCAUUGGGAUCUUCUGCUGUGAAGACAUUACCCAAGUGCCAGCAAAUCGGACCCACCAGGCCUGGAAAGAGAAGACCUUUAGGGUGUGGAGGGGUGGUCUUGUCCAGCUCGGUGUUCCUUCACGUGGGGCAGAGCUGGGGUGGACCUGGCCCCCUCCUGCAGAUCAUGGUGCGCCGGCUACAGAUCCGACUGCUGACGUGGGAUGUGAAGGACACACUGGUCAGGCUCCGCCGCCCGGUGGGGGAGGAAUACGCCACCAAGGCCCGGGCCCAUGGGCUGGAGGUGGAGGCCGCGGCCCUGGGUGAAGCCUUUGGGCAGGCGUACAAGGCUCAGAGCCACAGCUUCCCCAACUAUGGCCUGAGCCACGGCCUCACCUCCCGCCGCUGGUGGCUGGAUGUGGUCCUGCAGACCUUCCACCUAGCAGGUGUUCGGGAUGCCCAGGCAGUAGUCCCCAUCGCUGAGCAGCUGUAUGAGGACUUCAGCAGCCCCGGAACCUGGAAGGUGUUAGAGGGUGCCGAGGCCACCCUGAGGGGGUGCCGGAAACGAGGUCUGAGGCUGGCAGUGGUCUCCAACUUCGACCGGCGACUGGAGGAUAUCCUGGUGGGUCUUGGCCUGCGGGAACACUUUGACUUUGUGCUGACCUCUGAGGCUGCUGGCUGGCCCAAGCCGGACUCCCGAAUCUUCCAUGAGGCCUUGCGACUUGCUCAGGUGGAACCGGCGGUGGCAGCCCAUGUUGGGGACAGUUACCACUGUGAUUACAAGGGGGCCCGAGCUAUAGGCAUGCACAGCUUCCUGGUGGCUGGUCCGGGGCAUUUGGAGCCUGCGGUCAAGGAUUCUGUACCCCAAGAACACAUUCUCCCCUCACUGUCCCAUCUGCUGCCUGCCCUUGUCCGCCUGGAGGGCUCCCCUCGGGGACUUUGAGUCUGGCAAGGGAAGUGGCUGGGCCCAACGAAUACUGGAGACGGGGAGCCCCUUCCUUCCUGAGAUGUGGCCUUGCCCCUCUCCCUGCAGCCUCUGUAACGCAUUCUGACUAUAAAGCAGUGAGUGCGGCCUUCACCCCUGCGCCACCACAGCUCCUGGUCUCUGAAACGGUUCAUUCAUCACA